UUAUUUGGUGAUUUGACAGUUUUUAAAAACUGUUUUGAACGUUUUUAUGAAACGGAUUUUUAUGAUUGAAAAAGUUCCAUGCACGAAGUACUGAUAAAACAGAAUUUGAUGCUUCUUCGAUGGGCGCAAAAGCGUGUUAAAAAGGAAGUUUGUAGGAAGAAGAUGACCCAUUCGAAGUGUAUACGUGCUGAACAAGGACGUUGGACUGAGCCUUCACCUCAUACACGGUCAAACGUAAACAGCGCCAGGCUUGGUGACGGAGCAGACGUUCAAGAGCCAAGGACUCACGGCCACAGCAGAAACGCAGAAAGAGCUUUCGAUAAAGUCGGAGUCAGUAACCGAAGUGUAGAGGUGUCGUUGACUGACCCAAACAUUAAAACGUGCGUUUUAACGCCACCAGCAGACGGUGAGAGAUACGGUGUUGUGCUGGAUGACAUAAACACAGCGCACCAAGCGACCAAGAAAACCAGGGAAUUGCGUACCCUACAAGUGAAAGAUUAUAACAGCGACCCCGGAAGGAUUUAUACAACAAAAACACACUGUAUCGACAAGGGGAAACUACUUAAUACUUGUGAAGAACCAAAUAAUCUAGGAUCGGAAAAGGGAAAACUUUCAGCUUCGAAUGAGAAAAAAAGACUUAGCCAUCGAAAAAACAAACGUGAUAACGGUUUAUUAUUGACCAGGGACCAUGAAUCAAAUAGGGAUGCGGUCUUGUGUGAACUUCGAAGUAUAUUCGUAGACACUUCUAUGUCAUCAGACUUGCACAAUAUCAUCAUGGAUAUAAAUCAUGACAGGGCUGAAUAUUCUUCCUCUUCUCACAGCAGCAGCAGCAGCACGAGCAGCUCAGGUCACCGCCACUACUCCCAUAAACUGUACAAAAACCACAGCUGGCACCCGGGUAUGCCAGAGGACGGUUGUAACGGUUAUCACCGUCCCAGACGUAAUAAGCGUUACGCCAGCGUAGACAGUGCAGACGAGUACUCUGUUCUUAAAAUAUCAGACGUUGAUUUUUACUACCGUGACGUCGAUAUCACGGGCCCGACCCCGGAAGUUCGAUUUCCCUGGCAACGGGAUAUAGCAGUGCAGUGUGAGCUCAUUCAAAAGAAUAACAAUAAUGAUGAAACCAAUGUGAACAGGAACAUAGUGUCCGGGCUUGGUGGUAGCAAUGGCUGCUAUAACGCUAAUGACGGGGUCGGCACUGCGAACCGAAAUGAUCGAAGUCGCAUUCAUCGAUCCAAUUCUUCGGAAGGCAGGAGUGCAGAUUUCAUGCGCGCUGGAAAGACUGGACGCAAGCACGUGAGACCGCAUUCUAUCACUCUCCCCGAGGACUACCAUCUCCCGGGCUUCAGCCCCGGUAUCCCGCGGUGGAAUUCGUAUGAUUUGAAUGGACUGGGACUCCUGCCUCGCCAGUUUGCGGCAAGACACAGUAUUCCAGAAGACCCAGAGGAUAUGGCCGGGACCAGCAACCCCCUGUCUCGCCUGGAUACCCUGGUCCACGGGGGUGUCCCCCACAGCAGCAGUCACAGGGGGUCCACAGAGAGUGCCCCCACAGUGGUACUGGACUGGGACGAUGACGAGGAAGAGGGUGGCACAGAGGAGCAGAGAAAGGAGAGAGAGGAGAGGGAGGGUGUUCUCCCGUCCCCCAGUGUUUCUCCAGUCCCAUGGCUGACUGACCAGGACGCCCUGGCCGCACUUACGGAAACACUCUCAGGAAAGCAGACCACGGGACUCCUUAAUCAAGCAAACAAACACAAAGGGAAAUUUCUGACAGUUCCAGCAUAUUCAUCACGUUCAAGCAGUGCUGCGACGUCAGAAGAAAGUGAUGAAGGUGACGAAACACGAAAUGCGCACGAAACACCCUUGCCAAUUCUCCGACGCGGCAGACGGGCGGCGAUUUUUGAAACUCAGGAAAUUGGGGACACAUCCCCAUACAUAUCGCCUGCAGAAGAAUAUACAGAUGACGAAGACGAAAG